AUGAAGCGGCAAAACGUGCGCACCCUCGCCCUGAUCGUGUGCACCUUCACCUACCUGAUCGUGGGCGCUGCGAUCUUCGACGCGCUGGAGUCCCAAAAGGAGACGAGCCAGAGGAAAGAGUUGGAUUUGAAAAAGCUGGAACUGCUGAGCUCUUUUAACUUAUCCAUGAAAGACUUUGAGGAACUGGAGAAAGUGGUGCUGCAGCUCAAACCGCACAAAGGCGGGGUCCAGUGGAAGUUCGCGGGCUCCUUUUAUUUCGCCAUCACCGUCAUAACCACCAUAGGUUAUGGCCACGCCGCGCCCAGUACCGAUGGAGGAAAGGCCUUCUGUAUGCUGUACGCUCUGCUCGGGAUCCCCCUCACCCUGGUCAUGUUCCAGAGUGUGGGCGAACGCAUCAACACAUUUGUACGCUACCUCCUCCGUCGCUUCAAAAAAUGCUUGGGAAUGCGUCGCACAGAAGUCUCAAUGGUCAACAUGGUCACUUUCGGAUUCGUGUCCUGCAUGAGUACGCUAUGUGUGGGAGCGCUGGCCUUUUCGCAUUUUGAAGGAUGGAGCUUCUUUCACGCCUACUACUACUGUUUCAUAACAUUGACCACUAUUGGAUUCGGGGACUAUGUGGCGUUACAAAAUGAACAGGCUUUGCAAAAUCAGCCAGAGUACGUAGCCUUUAGCUUUAUCUACAUUUUGACUGGACUAGCCGUGAUUGGCGCAUUCCUCAACUUAGCAGUGUUGAGGUUUAUGACGAUGAAUGCCGAAGAUGAGAAAAGGGACGCCGAGCAAAGAGCGUUGCUUGCGCAUAAUGGACAAGCGGGCCACGUGCACUGCUCUAUGGAUCCUGGGUCACCUCUGUCCACGCCAUCUGGUUGCGGGGGCGUUAGCGGGGUGAGCGCGAGCGGGGCGGCCAGUCGCGGGCUUCGAAAUGUAUAUGCGGAAGUCCUGCAUUUCCAGUCCAUGUGCUCAUGUCUUUGGUAUAAAAGUAGGGAGAAACUGCAGUAUUCAAUCCCAAUGAUAAUCCCUAGAGACCUCUCAACUUCGGACAUAGAACAAGGCGAUGGGUAUUCCAACACGCUACAUUCUAACGGUUGCGUGUGCAGUCUGCAACGCCAUUCAGCCAUUAGCUCAGUGUCCACCGGCUUGCAGAGUAUCAACACCUAUAGAAGACUCAACAAGAGAAGGAGUUCAAUUUGA